GGAAGAGUUGACCAAGUGACAUGGAUAGCUGCUGUGGACUGGACCUGCUAUCAGGCUAAUUAUGGCUUUGUUAUGUAAGGAAAGGUAAACCAUGCGGCUGAACCCAAUGCCAUUGCCUAAGCUGAAGGCAAUGUCUUUUAGCACAGAUAAUUAGACCUCUAGGAUAAGUAUUAGUGUGAUGCAAUGCUUCAUAUUUCAAAGGAGAAAAGUGUUUUAUAAUCAGUUUUGAUGAGAAAAUUGAAUUCCAAACAUACUCCACUUGAAAUUAGAGACUUCAUAAGGAACUGGAGUGAAGGUGGUUUCAUUAACAUAUUCUGCAUGACAUUUAGCUUUUCAGGUAUAGUACUCCAAUUUUCUUUAGUAUAGCAAGGGAAUUUAAACAAGAUUUUGUGGUGUUUGAUUAUUCUAAUACAGUUUGCUAAUUUCCUUCUUGUUGCACAUUUAAUUAUCCCAAAAUUGUAUUUUUGAUUCUUCACAGCAACAUACACUUGUAAUCUAAGUAUUUGAUAGAGAAACAAGAUUAGAGUAAAUGAAGUCAAAUCUUCUGAAACUAAAGGAAGCUGCCUUAAUUUAUCUUGACAGGAGUGGUGGUCUUCAGAAAUUUGUUGAUGACUGCAAAUCAUAUUGUGAUGAAUCCAGCCAAGGUUGUGCUGUUUUCCGGUUUUUUAUAUUGGUAAAUCCCUCUGAUAUUACUGAAUUGGAUGCUAUUCUUGGAAAUUAUAUUUUGCAUCAACCUGUGAAGGCUACUCAGAUUUUUCAGUCAGUAUGUUUUACUGCAGUUAAAACAUUGUCAUUAAUUCAACAGAUAGAGACUGAAGCUCAGAUGAAUAUAGUCCUGAAACUAACACAUUUACCUUCCUUGCCAUGUUACAUUCUCAGUCUUUGCAAAUUUCCAUUUGAUUACACUGCUCAGAGGUUUUAUGUGGCAGAGGGAAUUGUGGUUGCAAUGACUACUAUAACAAAGUAUACACAGGGAGCAAGAUUUGUUUGUUCUGAGGAAACAUGUCAGUUUUCUGAAGGGUUUCAGUAUAUAAGAGUACAUACUGCUGGAGCUACAGAAUCUGCAACGCUAAGAAAUGACUUUUUAUGCAGCUUAUGUACAUCACCACUGAAAGAAGACAUGAAAUAUCGAGUACUUGGUGAUAAACAAGUGGUUGAAAUGAUUGACUCUAAAGCAAUUAGUGUGUUCCAAGGAUUUUCCGGAAGUAAAACACAUUUCAGAUUUCAAUCAUUUACAGUGUUUCUAAGAGAUGAAUUAUCCAAUAAAAUGAAAAUGGGAAACCAAUAUAAAGUUAUAGGAAUUCCAGUCUGUAUGCAAAAUUGCUUACAAGCCACAAUUUGUCUUGAAGCCAACAGUAUACAUCUUUCUAAUUCUACAGGGCCUUCUUGUAUCAGUGAAAAAUUUAAGUACCUGCUUUCUUUGACUUCAAAUUCAUGUUGGAAAUUUACAGCACUUCUGGUUGAUAGUUUUGCUUCAAAAGUUCUUCCAUCAGGCAUUUAUAACACUCUGAAAUUGGCCAUACUGUUGAGUUUAGUACAGACUAUUGAUGGCGAUGACACGACAGCCGAUUACUUAGAUCUUCUGGUUAUAACAAAUGACUCUUUUAUAGUGGAGAGAAUUAUGAAUUAUAGUGUAUGCUUUGUGCCCCGGGGCAUUCGGCACUUUCCAUCUGGUGAAGUUUUUCUAACCGUAUCAAAAGAUAAACAUGGGACUGGAACUGCUAGUAUUCAGGCUGGCAGUGCUUUGAUGGCUAAAGGUGGAAUAUGCUUCAUUGGAGAACUGACUUCACAUAAGAAAGAUAAACUUGAACAACUACAAGCAGUACUAGAGAGCAGGACAAUUACUAAAUUCAUUCCAGGAAGGAAAUAUGGAGAAGCUACUGAUCAGCAAGUUACUUUUCCAAUUCAGACAAGUUUCUGGUCAUUUACUGAUAUGGACUCAUCUUUCAAAAAGCAAAUACAAAUGGAUAAUACUGUGAUUGGUCAGCUGGACUUAAGCUUGAUUUCAGCUACUCUUAUAGAUGCAUUUGGACUUUUGAUAUACUGCAAUGAGGCAUCAUGUCGUUCUCCACUUCCUGUUGCAAAUUUCAUUUUUAAAAAAUCUAUCAGUUCAAAAGAGAUUUAUACCCAACAGUUCCAAACCCAAGAUUAUGAGGAAUUCUUCACUUUUUCAAAGAAUUUGCAUGUAGAACUAUGUCCAGAAUCAGAAAGGUUAAUUCAUGGCUACUACCUAGCAAGCCGCAGAGUCAGAAAACAGCUAAUAAAUGGAUCUAAUCUCUCAGCAACUUCACUAAAAAUCUUGAUUUCACUGUCUAAAGCACAUGCUAAGCUGAGUCUAAGGACAAAAGUACUUGAAGAAGAUGUUUUAAUUGCAGUAUUAUUAUUUGAAUCAUCUCUUACUUUAAAAUAUGGUGCUUCUGUAUUUUGUGUGGCGCCUAAUGCACUUUUUCCAUUUGAACUCAAUUCGGAGAACUCCCUGAAUCAAAGGGAUGUUUAUCUGACGGAGUGCCAUCAACAACUGAAACAGUUCAUUGCUACAUAUGGGCCUGUAACGCAUGUUCUCAGCAGUGAGAUAUAA